CCUUCCCUCCCCUCCCCUCCCUGCCGACCGCAAUGGCAGCCAACGGCGCCUUGCCCGACCCCCUGAUGGCCAAGCUGCACCUUCCACGGCCACACCCAAGUUCCCUCCCAACCGUGGCCGAUAAUGAGCCCCUCGAUGUCUACAUGGAAAGAUGCCACCUGUACGCCAUGGCCGUCGACGACAUGUGCUCAAGCAGCCCGCGGGCUUUCAACAGGUCAUGGUGUGGGAGGCGGGCCGCCCAGCGAUGGAGACGAAGCGCUGGGGACGCACAAGAUUUGCUGGAGGACCUCGAGGAGGUGGCCCAAUUCCGCCAGCGGUUGCUGGACGAGGCGCGGCAUCAGGGCGUCCGCAUCGUGGGCAGGGACGAAUACAGAGGGUGCUCGGAGAUAGCCGUGCUGUACGACAGACCCGGCGUGUGCGAGGUGCUCCAGGUCCGCGACCAGGGUGGAAACCUGAAGACCAUGAAAUGGAUGAAAGACGACGACCUGGAGCCCUGGCAGGAGCCAUUCCAGGACAGCAGCUGGCGCAGGCCAAUGGUGUGGGUCACCAACGAAGGUAUGAUGUCUGUAGGAAGACAGAAGUGAUAGCGACUUCUGUCUGUCUACUUCUGGCCCGUCUGUCUUUCCCUCUGCGUGUGUGUAUGUGUGUUUGCAUCAGCCAUCAACCUGUCCAAGCUCAGUCACCCCAACAUCAUCGGCUGCGAGGGCAUGAUGCUAAACAACGGCGUCACUGCCCUCUUCAUGCCGUACAUACACGGCCGCAGCCUGGACAAGAUGGUGACAAAGCACCUGCCCACCUCUUUCUACCUCCAUAUCGCCAAGCAGAUCCUGUCGGCCCUUGCGUACAUGCAUUCGCAGCAGUGUGUGCACAGGGACAUAAAACCCGGUAAGUAUCGAGCCCGCGCAGUCAGCAGGCACGAGUCAAUGCGUCAACGUGUCUUAUGCGAAUGUCUGUGCGUGUCCCUGUCAGACAACAUCUUAGUCGAGGACGGCACAAACAAGGUGUACGUGAUCGAUUUCGCCUCGGCUGCGUUCCUGAACGGGUCGGCGGGGGUUGAGUUGGGAGCGGGCUUCACAAAGGAGUAUGCCCCGCCGGAGGUUAGAGAGUCAGCAAACAGGAGCCUGCUGCCACCCGCACAGGCCGGCUUCCCCAAUGUCUCCCAGCCGCCCCAGCAGCAGCAGCAGCAGCAGCAGCGCCGCUCUCCGUCCGUGGUGGACAAAUCAAUGGACAUCUUUGGCGUGUGCGUGACCCUGGCUGAGUUGUGGGUUGGGGAAUGGUUUUGCAUCCAAGGGGGGGGUAUGAAAGACACGGCGUUCAUGCCGCUGUCGAUCCCGGGUCCACUCGGCAAACUCAUUACUCAGGGACUUUCAUCCAACCCUAACGAGCGCCCCACUGCCGACGAGCUGCUGAAGGCCGCCAUGAGGACAAAGGACAGAGGGCUUCAGGUUAGCUUCAACAAGAAAACAGAGACACUCGUGAGCCGACGUGCGUGCACCCGCCUUUCUGUGUGGCUAUUUUAGGUCCAGAGGAUGUGGCAGCAGGCCGAGGAGGAGAUCGAAGAAGCGGACAAGGAAAUUCUAGACGUACGCCACAAAUGUGGCGAACUGAAAUUCCGGCUGGAGGCUAUUGAGCGGGGACAACACGCGGCACUGGAAGAGUUGCAGGGUGAGAGCAGAAAUGGAUAAAAUGCGUACAGGAGGCAGUCCGACGCACUGAGACACACGCAUGUGCGUCAGGCGCACAUCCCUGCCCACCUUUGUGUUUAUUUGUCACCUCCAGGUGUGGUAGGUGGGCUGCGCCAGGAGUUGUCGGAGGCGAAGGAGGCUGCGCAGAUGGCACAAGAGGAAGCCAAUCAAUUCAUACAGGACAAAAAGGUCAAUCAGCAAACAACCAAAAAUGUCACGCUCAUCCAUGCCAGGAGGAUCUCAAAGAAACAAACGUGUGUUGCGCCCGCAUACAGGAUUUGGCAGCUGAGUGUGCACGCCUGCGCGCCAGGAACGGCGAGCUGCUGGCCGCCAACACAGCUCUCGAGGGUGAGACAGUAGCUAGAUACACGAAUGCACAGGACGACGGCUGGCUGACUUGCCGGCUUGGUCAGCAUUCAUUCCUGAUCGUCUGGCUUGUAUCAUCCUCAGAAGCCCGUCAGGGUUUUGAAAAGGAGGCGAACCAGGCACAGGGUAAGACAGAACCGGAUAAAAUGGAUACACAAGCACUGAGACACGUGCAUGUGCUUCAGGUGCACUCUUGGCGUGACAGGACGAUCUCCAAGAGACAGGGAAGGAGAAAGCUGCUGCCUUGGCGCAAAAGGCUC